AUGAUUAAAAUUUUCAUAGGUUUAUAUAUUUCAUCAAAAACAAUUGAUGCAUUAUGUGAACGAUUGCAUCGAACUUUAAAACGGAUGUCCAUUGGUUGUACAUAUGGUAAAGAGGAUAAAAGAGAUGAAUACUUGGAAGAUUUGGAUAUUCCACCACAUAUUUUUCACUUGGGUGAAACACUCGAAAUUGAUGAAUCGCUUAUGCGACUUUUAAACAAACAUCAAUUGUAUUGUCUCGGCUUUCGACAUUACAACUCGGCUGUGCUGUUUCAAUUCAUCGAAUUCAAAAUGCCACACAAUAUUCGAUUGCUUAGAAUACAUCAUAGUGCAAAUCGGAUACCAAAUUUUGCACAACUUGGUAUGUCACAAUUAGAACCGGAAAGAAAAUUACAACAACGAAAAAUUUCAUGGUUGAAUUCACGAAGUAUUAGCAAUAUGGGAUCUAAAAAUAGCAUUGAUAGUUCAUCUGAUCGAAGCCUAGAAAGUUUAACAAAUGAGAUGUGGAAAAAUUCAUCACGAAAUAGCGUUUCCACAUCGGAUACCUCAGAAAUUGAUCAAAUGAUCGUUACAAAUUGUUCCAAUGAGCAAAAUUCAACGCAUACUCCACUUGCUUCUAGAAAUUUAACAAUUUUUGCAAUCGAAGAAUCAUCACGUAAAAUGAUCAAAUGCACACGGAAACUUCGCCGAUAUGUUUAUUCAGGAGUGCAAGUUUUUUAUAUGCAAGAAAGCAUGGAUACUCAGGAAAUUUUGGGUCGUAUGGCAGCGCCGAUACGUUCACCACAUGUUUAUACCAGAUCAUCGAAACGUGGAGUACGUGUUAUUAAAGGUGACUUGGUGAAGCCAAUACCACUCUCAAGUCUGGGAAUGGAAAGUGAUUAUGAAAUCACCGAUUGGGAAGAUUAA